GUCCUUGCCGCGCGCGCACGCGAGGGCGGUGACGUCACAGCAGUGAUAAGGUGAGUGUUGUCGACGGCGACUAUAGCGUUCCGCCGCGCCGGAGAUAGUGGUUGCCUUGCACGUUCGCUCCUCCUACGUGUGUCAGCGCACCGCUUCGGAGCCGCUGACACAGCUGACAUUGAGAAUUGCCCGCGAUAAGUGGCCGUACCGCGCGUUCACCGAUGUUGAAAUGAAGCAGAAGCGCGUCAUGUAUGGCGACGCGCGUAAACGGUGUGAGAGACAGACGCAGUUCGCCCCGUACGGGCCCUGCCUACCCGCGGACUAAUGAUCAAUGGCUUUAUUCGAGAAGAGAUACACGAAUAAAGUGCUGUUAGAUGAUACGGAGCAACUGAUCAGCGUCAUCGAAAAUGCAAGGACCAUCGACGGACAUACGGAAUACGUUAUAAAAACGCAAAGAGGUCCACUUCCUGAAAGAUCUUGGAGAGUGAGCAGACGUUACAAUGACUUCGUUCAGCUCAAUACAGCUUUAUCUAUAUCUGGCUUCGACCUGCCACUACCACCAAAAAGAAUUAUUGGUAAUAUGGAACCAGACUUUAUAGCUCAGCGACAAAUAGCACUGCAGAAUUAUCUAAACAUAGUACUAAUGAAUCCUAUACUAGCAUCUUCACUUCCCAUGAAAAAGUUUUUAGACCCUGAGAAUUAUACUGCACCGUUACAUGAAAUCGCACUGCAACAAGUGUCACUAGCGCUAAGGAGUGACGCGAAUUACGAAGUAUGUAAGCCCAUCCCUGACAUGGGAUGGCGACUAAGGAAGCACUACUAUACAGUGAAAAAUCGGCAGAAUCCGAAGCAGGAGCUUCUGCUAGCCUGGGUUGAAUUCGGUCCUGAUAAACAUUUGCAAGACAAAGACAUACAAGGGGUUUUUAAGACUCUGGGCUCUCUACGGCACACUUACAUCGAACCGAUGGUACACCAACAUGUGACGGACAACGGGGCACUAAUAAUAAGGAAUUUCUAUCCGGCCGGCACGCUGCACGACAUUUUGUGCGUCACCAAGCCUAAGCAACCGUUCAUAAAGAAAUAUGGAAAUCCAAAGCAAAUCAAAUCGUUGACCACGUCUGAAGUUGCAACAUACGGUUAUCAGGUAUUGGAGGCUCUAGGAUACCUUCACGAGAAGGGACUACCUUACGGGCAUUUACACACUGGCAAUAUACUUUUAUCUCAGAGGUGCGCCAAAUUAUUGGAUAUAGAAAAUGGGCUACUCGGCUUGCCAGCGUUUUACCGGCCUUACGUAGUGCAGAGGCGCAAACUACAUGCCACGACUCAAGUUGAUGUGUAUUCAUUCGGACACGUUUUGUACGAAAUGGCGUUUGGACGGCCACUUUUGGAAGCUACAUGCUCCGAGCUGCCGCAUUGUGAAGCGAACCUGAAAAACCUGCUGGAGGUGAUCCUGUCGCCAGAAGCUUUGAAGCAAGAUUUGCCGACGGUGGCUCGAUUAUUGGAACAUCCAUUUUUCGAAUCGGCAAGGCGCGUCGUGUUGGCCAUCGGCGCCGUGGAGAAACCACACUUCAAAUUGAGCAAUCAUCUGAAGGAAGCUCUGCAGGAAGCUGUAAAUAAAGCCGAGCAACGAUUACGCGAUGAACAGAAAGUCGCCCGGCAUCAGAAGAGGCUCGUUAAGGUUCAAGAGAUGAUGAGCUCCGAAGAGGAGAUGAGGAAACGAAAGCAUAAAUUGAAGAAGGAGCAGAAACUAGCACAAGAGCAACGUUCCGCGUCGCAGCUGGGCACUAACGGCACGAAACAAGUAAACGGUAAGAGUCCAGAACGUUCAGACAGCCCGACAAGUACUUCCACGGCUACCAGCGUUGGGACGUUGACUCCUCCAUCGCUUCGUUCCGUGGAAAUUCCGCAAGGAGAUGCAGUUCCUGGCAAAGCCGUUCCACCACCUCCUACGCUGCCAUCAUCAUCGUCUGAAGCAUCCGGUGGUGCAUCGAACAGUAUAUCAAAACCCGCGAAUGAGCGCGCCGCUCUGCUCGGUAGCAUCUGCAACUUCGACAAGACUAGGCUGCGAAGGAUCGCAAAUGGACAUCGUUAGGGGUGCGUUAGACAUAACAGAUACGUAAAAAGAAGCCGCACUGCAAAGAUAAUGCUGGUGCAAUAAUUAUACUACGAAAAAAAGUACUGCUAAAUUAGAACAAACACGGUGUGUACCUGUAGAUUAUUACAUUGGAUUCUAAGGGAUUGUGUAUGGAUGAUAGCUUCGUCGUGCUUCUUGUGACUCCUCUAAUGGUACCGAGUAACUUUUAUUUCGAUCGCGACACUUGUAUUUUAUGAACUUUUAAGAUUUCGACAUAUUAUUUAUAGAUGCUCGCGCUACGUAAAUACGUGCGGUUUUGUAGCUUAUAACGAAUAAAUUAAGAGUACAAUAUAUCAAAUUUGUGAUAUAUAUGUAUAUGUAUAUAUAUUGGUCCAUUUUAGCGUCUGGCCUACGUUUAUAUGAGAUAUAAUACAAUGCUUGCUUCACUGUAUUAGACCAGCCGUCCAGGAACGAGCCUAAACGAACGAAAACAACCAAUCAAAAAAUCGAAAUGCUUUUGAAAAUUUGCCACUUUACGAAUCGUCCUAUAUUAUAUUCUUCCCAUAUAUGGAACUAUGUACACGUUUCCUAAGAAGAUAGAGAUUACCUAACUUAUAUAAAGAUAUACUGGAUAAUAUAUAAUAAUUAGGACUGUUCAAUUAUAUAUUAUCUAGUUAAAAUAUUUGGAACGUACAGUAAUAUAUGUUGGGAGCAAUCUGCCACGUUUUUAGAUUUAUUUUAAUUAUUUACCAUUAUGAGACGAAUUAAAGUCAAACGCGUGUACCAUCUCGAGAAAUCGCGUUUUUCUAGUCUAACACAUAUCCCGGUCUUGUACAACAAUCAGUAGUACCGUAGAAUUUUAUAGAUCUGAUGAUAUACAUUUGAUUUAAAUGCGAGUCAAGUUUCGCGAUCGACUUAACUUAUAACUUGUUAAUUAUUCAUCGCGGGUAGCUCGUUUAUUAUUAUCCUUUCGUGUAUAUAUUGAACUUGUUUAAAUACAAAAAGAAAA